AUGAGUAUGGCUUCAAGGAACCCACGGUUCUGUGAAGCUACUCAGCUGCUUUGGGAGCCGGGCGCCGUGCUGGACUCGGUGGAGUCGCCGCAGAGCAGCUGCCUCCAGGGUGCGGCGCGGGGCAGGGCGUCCCGGGCCGCGGGGGAGGAGGGGGUGGAGAAGGCCGGUCAGAAGCACACCCCGCACCUGAGCGGAAACGGCCACUGGGGGCGCGCAGGAAGCCGGGACCGGAACCUCAACAGCGCGGGCUCCACCCAACUCACCUGCGCAGGUAACCCGGGACCCGGAGGCGGAGCGGACUCGGAGUAUGUUUGGCCCUUUGUUCCGCGCUCGUCCGAGUGUCCGGGUCGCAAGCACCCUCGAAGCCCAGAGCCCAGCACUGUGAAGGUGACCCCCGUGGGCAGGAGGGCGACGGCCCCUGGGCGGACGAUGGCUGGCGCCCCCCUCUCCCAGGCUUGCAUCCCAGCGGUCGCCGUGUGGCUCCUGUGUGCUCUCGGCCUCCCGGGCAUCGCCGCUGGGCCGCCGCCCAGGCCCCCCGCGCAGCCCGACGGAGCCUCCUGCUUGGACCGCUUUACCCCCGGGGUGCCCGCUUUUGUACUUGACACCGAAGCCUCGGUCAGCAACGGGGCCACCUUCCUGGGUUCACCCACCGUGCGCCGCGGCCGGGACUGCGUGCGCGCCUGCUGCACCACCCAGAACUGCAACUUGGCGCUGGUGGAGCGGCAGCCCGCCGGCGGGGAGGACGCCGUGGCCGCCUGCUUCCUCAUCGACUGCCUCUACGGGCAGAACUUCGUGUGCAAGUUUGCGCCCAAGGAGGGCUUUGUCAACUACCUCACCAGGGAGGUUUACCGCUCCUACCGCGAGCUGCGGACCCAGGGCUUUGGAGGGUCCCGGACCCCCAUGCUCUGGGCAGGCAUAGACUUGAAGGUACAGCCCCAGGAACCCCUGGUGCUGAAGAGUGUGGAGAAUACAGAUUGGCGCCUGCUGCAGGGUGACCCGGACGUCAGGGUAGAGAGGAAUGAUUCGGACCAGGUGGAGCUAUGGGGACUCAAGGAAGGCACCUACCUGUUCCAGCUGACAUUGACCAACUCAAACCAGGCGGAGAACACGGCCAACAUCACAGUCACCGUUCUCUCCACCAAGCAGACAGAAGAUUAUUGCCUCGUGACCAAAAAGGUGGGCCGCUGCCGUGGUUCCUUCCCCCGCUGGUACUACGACCCCAAAGAACAGCUCUGCAAGAGUUUUGUUUAUGGAGGUUGCUCAGGCAACAAGAACAAUUACCUUCGGGAGGAAGAGUGCAAGCUAGCUUGCCACGAUGUGAAAGGCCCCUCCAAGGAAAGGCAUCAUACAGUGUGCUCCGGCGCCUGUCACUCCACCGAAUUCCACUGCAGCGACGGCUGCUGCAUCGACAGUUUCUUGGAGUGUGACGGCACUCCCGACUGCCCCGACGCCUCUGACGAGGCCGCCUGUGAGAAAUACACCAGAGGCUUUGAGGAGCUCCAGAACUUCCAUUUCCCCAGUGACAAAGGGCACUGCGUGGACAUGCCAGACACGGGCAACUGCAAGGAGAGCAUCCCUCGCUGGUACUACAACCCCUUCACUGAACACUGUGCCCGCUUCACCUAUGGUGGUUGUUAUGGCAACGAGAACAACUUUGAAGAGGAGCAGCAGUGUCUUGAGUCCUGUCGUGGCAUCUCCAAGAAGGAUGUGUUUGGUCUGCGGCGGGAAAGCUCCAUUCCCAACACAGGCUCCGUGGAGAUGACCAUUGCCGUGCUCCUGGUCGUCUGCAUUGUGGUGGUGGUAGCCAUCCUGGGGUACUGCUUCUUCAGGAACCAGAGAAAGAGUGUCCACAGAUACCACCACGGCCACCGCCACCCCCCACCCCCUACCCCUGCCAGCUCCACGGUCUCCACCACCGAGGACACAGAACACCUGGUCUAUAACCACACCACCCGACCCUUCUGAGCCUGGGGCUCAGCCCACUGUGGCCCCUCGGCCCUUCGGUCCAGGGCUCUCACGGGCUCUUGCCAGCCCUCCUCUGGCCCUGCUUCCUCCUUACCAAGGAGGCCUAGACUGGGAAAGACUUUGGGACCAGACCCCUCCUGCUUAUUUCCCAGGCCUCUCUGCCUCAGAGCCCAGGGCUCUGGUCCCUCUCAGAGAUGUCUCAGCUGAGCUCAGGCCACUUGUUCCUGAGAAAACUCCAGUGUCUGAGAGGAGCAGAGAAACUUUGAGCCAGGAGUUCUACGUAUAGAUGGACCUGCCUUGCGUAGGAUUUAAGAGGAAGUUGGAGGUUUGUUUCCUGUUCAAAGCUGUCCCACACUGGAAUGUGUCGGGAAGGGGCCUGGGCAGUGUCAGAAGCUGGAGGCUCCACCCCUGACCUCCAGAGCCACCCUUCCUGCUCUUCACAGUCCAGAGCUGGGGCAAGGACCUCCCUAUAUAUUUUAUGCUGUACAGAGUUCUUAUUGUUUAUUUAAUGCUGUGGAGGUGGAUGAGAGAGCUAUGGCAAAUGGCUCUCUGGCCUCUGCUGCUUCUUCCCCUUCCGCCAAGAAUGAGCCCCAACUUGGCCAGGCCUGGCACAUGGAACCGCAGCUGCUGCGUCCUCCCUGCACUCCCAGGGCUCUCCGGCACCACACCCCCACCAGCCUCCACUUCCCACAGGCCCCAGUCCACCCACAGUGUAAUAAAAUGGUUUGUCCCGUGAGGCUUCUGCCUCCGCUCUAUGGGCCAGGAGAGAGACCCAGCUUCUGGGGGGGAGAUGUGACCGCCCAGUCCAACCGGUUCAGGCUUUGGCCACCCUGUUUAGCAGGUUUUCCCACCCUUCCCGAAACUGCCCCAGCCCCUGAGGGUGGAGAGAAGUGCCAAGUUUGACCACCAGACGGGAGGGGUGAGAGGGCCACAGGACUGAGGGCGCAGGGGAGCUGCGGUGCUGCGGUGCAGUGUUUCUUCGUGGCCGGGGCAAGUCUUCACUACGGUGUGUAGUUGAGGACAGGAAGUGUGGGUACACACUGGUUCUUACCUUCGCUCCCUUUGGUGUGGGGGCUAGGGACAGGGGUCCCGUCUGGCCAAGGUCACUGUCCCCUUCCCACCCACAGAAGCCAUGGCUUCCCAGGAGUAGCUGCUCCCCAGACUCUGAACUCCUACCCAGGGGCCAUUGAUUGAGGUGGUCCACUCCACCCACACCCCUCUCUUUGAGCCACAUCGUGGUGCAAAAAAAAA